AUGCUUUUAUUUCCUUACCUGUGCAUCACACUUGGCUUCAUCGAUACAGCGAACAGCUUUUGUCCUACAGAAUGCACCUGUGUCGCCCAUGGUACUUGGGCAAGAUCAGUGUUGUGUAAUGACCCAGAUAUGGAUGAGAUUCCCACGAACGUUCCUGUGGAAACUGUGAAGCUCCGGAUAGAAAAGACCGCCAUACGAAGGCUACCCACCGAAGCCUUCUAUUAUCUGGUCGACCUCAAGUACCUCUGGAUAGCCUACAGUUCUGUGACGAACAUCGACAUCGGCAGCUUUUAUAACCUCAAGCAGCUCCAUGAGUUGCGUCUGGAUGGGAAUCUGUUGGCCGCUUUCCCUUGGGAAUCGCUGCUGGAGAUGCCCAAUCUAAGGACCUUGGAUUUGCGUAACAACAAACUGGUCAGCCUGCCGCCCGAAGCCUCCAGGUUCCUGAAGAACCUCACCUACCUGGAUAUCUCCAGCAACAAGCUGACCACUCUCCCGCCUGACCUGUUAGAUGUUUGGCCUCCUUUCUCCAAGCCAGAGUCAGGUAGAAUCCAAGUCCUCCCACCGCCAAGGAUCGUUCUCGGUUUGCAGGACAAUCCGUGGUUCUGCGAUUGUCGACUUUCCAAAGUGAUCGAACUGUCAAAAACUGUCGACACCACACUAGUGCUCCUUGAUCCCAUCUUGAUUUGCGGUGGACCUGAGAGUUUUGCGGGAAUCUCCUUCCAAAAGGCAGAGUUGGAGCAGUGUCUGAAGCCAUCGGUGAUGACCUCAGCCACUAAAAUCACCUCUCCGCUGGGAAGUAAUGUUCUACUCCGCUGCGAUGCCACAGGGUAUCCCACCCCACAGCUCACCUGGAUCCGCUCGGACAAUUUACCGGUGAACUACCGAGUAAUUCAGGAAACACCCCGAGAGGGGCUCAGGUGGUCUAUAAUAAGUCUGACUGGAAUUUCUUACAAGGACGCAGGGGAAUAUCGAUGCAAAGCCAAAAACCUGGCCGGGAUGUCGGAAGCUGCCGUCACGGUAACCGUGGUAGGGCUGAUCACCACAACCCCAUCACCUCAGAGAUACGGAAGGAGAUUUGGAGCCGAUGGGUGGGACACCCCGAGAGAGGAAGCCAAGCAAGAAGCAAAGAAAACUUCAUCCAUCCCUAAGAAUCUGUCACCUCCGGCCUCUUCCUUUUCCUCCUCUUCUUUGCCCUUGUCCUCCUCCCCUCCUUCCAUCAGUGCCAAGCCAACACCCAUCACCGCCGAAACACCCAAGAUGAGCCUGAGGGGAGAAAAGCAACUGGAGUUGAUCCCGAGUGGAAACCAUCCGGCUCCAGACAGUGCAACUGAGGAAGAAGAAAGAGAGCUGCCGAGUUCAGCAACAACCGAUGGGCCAAAUGUCACUGUCAAAAACCUCAAGGUGGUGAGCGAGACGGGUGAAAGGGUAACCUUGAUGUGGAGGGCUACCGGCACCACAAAUAGCCCUGCCGUGACCGUAUUCUACUCCAGAUACGGGGAAGAAGGCAUGUUACCUCUGAGCACAGACCCUGGCAAGAGCGAAAUUACCCUCGACGGCUUGAAGCCCGGAACCCAGUAUAUGGCAUGCGUCUGUCCCAAAGGAGCCUCGCCCAAAAAAGACCAAUGUGUCAUUUUUUCUACCGACCAGAUUAAUGAAAAGAGCGGUGAUCCAGUUUCUUUGCUCGCCGUGGCAAGCGGCAUCGCCUGCGUCCUUGUCUUGCCCCUGAUUUUUUUCCUGCUCUACAAAGUUUUUCAACUGCAGCACAAGCCCAUGUCCUGGAGGGAGGAGGACCUGGAAAAGGAGAGCUAUAUCCAGUUUGAGACCCUGUCUGUCAAACCCCGACCCUCUGGGGGAGGAGGAGAGCUCUGGACUCGAAGGGAGCCGGAUGAAUCCCAAAGACUCCUGCUCUGGUCUAGGUUAAGUGUGGAUUCGCAGAUGACCUUCAAAAGCGAAAGUUCCGGAUCUGACUACUGUUGCUAA